GCGCAACAGUGUGUCCCCGGAAACCCUCUUACAUCUACGCAUACUGGUCUGUUUGACCCCCAGCAAACACCAGAGGUUGCAUAUCAAUAAAAAUCUCAACGCCUUCAAGCAGCACCGAUGGCUCAACCUAUGGGCCUCACGGCCGCCGAUAUGGAAUUCAGCGAAGCCACAUUGGAGCAACGGCAGCUCUCCUGGAAGCUGUGUGGCCAAAAUUGGGCGUCCCCCAUGUCCAUCGACGACUACGUCGACCGGGAGCAACACAUGGCGGACCAUGAGCUCAACCGGGAUGGCGGGUGCCAAUACUGGGUGCUCUCUCUGAAGGGAUACCCGCGACAGGUCAUCGCUAGCUGCGAAACCACGCGCAAACGGAUGCUCAUCUCGGACGGCGGCGGCAGUCCUACCCGCGAAGGCCAUGGGUACGCCGUCGCCAAUGUCUACACCAAUCCGUCCUACCGCCGGCAAGGGAUGGCGGCCUUCCUACUCCGCCGCGUGCAGGAGCGGAUGGACACCAACAGCGACUGCAGUGUAUUGUACAGCGACAGCGGGCGGAGCUACUACGCCGGCCUGGGGUGGGCACCGUUCGCUAGCCACCAGGCGACACUCACUCUCCUCCCACUAUCUCCCUCAACCUCAACACAACCCCCACCCAACUGGUCCCCCACAACCCUGCAAACCCUACCGCUCCAAGCCUCCCAUCUCCCGGGCCUCUGCGAGCGGGACCAAGCCCAGCUCACCAAGGCCUUCAACGCGCUCCCUGCCGACGACCGCAAAACCCGCUUCGCCUUCUUGCCCACGCACGGCCAGGUCUCCUGGCACCUCGCGCGCGCGGCGUUCGACGCCGGCCGGCUCUUCCCCGGCAUCGGCGCUGGCGCCACCCCGGCCCCCAUCAUCGGCGCCAUCACGGCCGACAAGUCCGCCUGGGCGCACUGGUCGCACGACUGGCGCAACAAGCGGCUGCGCGUGCUGCGGGUGGUGCACGACGGCGCCGCCGGCGCGCGGGGAGCGGAGGAGGCGUUCGCGGCGCUGCUGGCGGCGGCGGUCGUCGAGGCGCGCCGGUGGGGGUUCGCCAGGGUCGUGCUGUGGAACCCGGUCGAGGCCGUCCGCGUGGCCUGCAAGGGCGUCGGCAACGCGCAGCCCGAGGGCGUCAAGGUCGUGUUCGAGGACCGCGUUGAGGGCUGGAUCCCCAGCCUGAGGUGGAAUGGUGUCCGCGGGGUGGGCGGGAUCGCGUGGGAGGAGCAUAAUGGGUAUUGUUGGUGUUGAAGUGUGUUUCUUUUUGUG